AUGGUAGGGGUACUUUCGUCAAAUAAUGCUCGGAGCAUAAACCUCCAUUUUCAAGGUCCGAGGAGGGUUUUGCAUCCUAUUUGGAAAAAACGCCGGUCGCAUUCGAUAGGGUUUGCAGAAACUGAUCGGAAGAGAUGCAAUCAUUCUGUGGGAGAAUUACAUCGCUCACAAAGAACGUCAUUAAGUGCUCCCGUAGUUUUGAUUCGCCGUUGUCUAGGGUUUGUUUGUCUCAACCUAAUGAUCUACUCGUCGUUUCACGGUUACUUCCUUCACAUUUUUCGACAAAAAAUUACGGAAGAGAUUUACCAGCUUCAUACAAAAACAAAAAAUUACGGAAGAGAUUUACCAGCUUCAUACAAAAGUACGAAUAUACCCUCAAUAGAGUCCAGGCUCGUGCACCAUUUUACUAACAGGGGCAUUGCGACAUUGAAUGAUUCACACAAAUCUGACCCACAAGAUGAAGCUGCUACUGCCACUGAGGUUGCACCUCGUGUCAAAUUCAAGAGGCUUGAUAAAACAGCCAGACACAUUAUGCAGAUACUUGAUAAAGAAGCAGUGAAGGAAGUGAAUACACAAAGAGAGAUACCUGAUAUAAGGCCAGGCUAUAUAAUCCAGCUCAAAUUGGAAGUACCUGAGAACAAGAGACGUGUGUCAACAGUGAAAGGAAUUGUGAUAGCAAGACGCAAUGCAGGUUUAAAUUCAACAAUCAGAUUAAGAAGACUUGUUGCAGGAGUUGGGGUUGAAUCUCUUCUACCUUUAUACUCACCGAAUGUGAAAGAAAUAAAGGUUUUGGACAAGAAGAAAGUGAGGAGAGCCAAGCUUUAUUAUCUCAGGGACAAGAUGAAUGCACUCAGGAAAUAGAAUGGGUGUUUUACAAUUUUUGAAUUUAGUGUGUUUCAUGUUUUUUGUUUAAGAAGGUUAUAAGUGAGAUUGAUGAAUCUUUUUUAGUUAAUAAUUGCAACAAGGAUUAUAUAUUGUAGGCAUUUGAGUAAUGUUAAAUGUAGCGAUGCUUGACUUCAUGAUGGAGGUCAAUUUGGAUUUUAAUUUUUAAAGUGAUAUUGUCUUUGUAUGGGUG